GCCGUUUGAUGCCAACAUCGCCGACGUGAAACUCCGGCAAUCGAUAUCGAUAUUGGAGCUGAUUAGAUUACAGAGAGUAGGCGAGUGAAGUUCAAAACGAAUAAUCGUUACUAAGAAAGCUGUCUAUCCCAAUCGUGUGCAGAUCGCAGGGCCCGAUUUAACAAUCAUGCAGCAUGCAGAUUGGCAUUUAACCCUUCCAACUAGCUCAUCAGCCAUCUCCCAAACACCAAGCCGAUCAUGUCGUUCAUUCCCAGGACGCAUUUUCCGUUCCCCACCAAUACGCCCUCAUGGUUCGCUGGACACAUGUCCAGAUCCUUGACGAAACUCCCGACCGUUCUCAAGGAUAUCGACCUGGUUAUCGAAGCCAGAGACGCACGCCUACCUCUGACAAGUAUCAAUCCGGCAUUCGAUGAGGUGCUGGAGGAGAGUUGGGGCAGGAUGAACUUGGCGGGGCCUAGCGGAUGGAAAGGGAAGGGAAAGGAAAAGGUUGUAGUGUAUACUAAACGGGACCAAGCUGAAGAGCGUUUCGAAGAGCCAUUGAAACGAGCGUUCAAGAAGCACGCCAAUCAGAGCAUCUUCUUCGCCGAUACACGCAGCGAUAGGGACGUCCGCAAAGUCCUCGCACAUGCGGUAGACGUCUCGAAGAGAAACUUUGACCCGUUACACGACAUGAAGGUGCUUGUAGUAGGGAUGCCGAAUGUGGGCAAGUCAUCACUCCUUAAUGCCCUUCGUCGGGUUGGGGUCCGGAAAGGGAAAGCGUUCCAGACAUCUUCCUUGCCAGGGCAUACGAGGAAAUUCACGGGGACAGUCAAGGUGCACGAAACCCCGCCUGUAUAUGUAUACGAUAUGGCGGGGAUCAUGGUACCUUAUCUGGGCAAGGGGGAGGAAGGGAUGGAACGCGGGUUGAAAUUGGGGUUGACUUCCGGAAUCAAAGAGAGCUUGUUCCCCCCGGAGAUCCUCGCCGACUACCUGUUAUACCGGAUGAACUUACAUCCAAGGUUCACCGCAUCUACCUCGCCUUACCCCGGACUUCCUCUACCAUCCGCAUUCACGGAUCAGACCAACGCUCUGGAAGAACUCUUGACUGCCUUGGCAAAGAGGUUGGGAACGCUCAUGAUCGGGGGCAUACCGGAUGUUGAUGCUGCGCAGAGAUACCUCCUCAAGAGCUUUGGGGAAGGAAAAUUGGGGAGGUGGACUUUGGAUGACCUGAUGUCGGAUCCGGCAGCCGCAGGACGGACACGGUCGAUCUCUGAAAACGAAGGAGUCGUUGAGGGCGAGGACUCGGAAUCACCAGCUGAACCCGAGCGGGAACUAGGUCUGACGGCAGCGGUAGACCGGACCGUCUCGACUUAUCUGCGAGAAGAAGAAGAACGACGUAACCGUCGGGCAGAUGGGAUACCGGAGAGUUUGAGCCAGGAGAAGAAGAAGGCGAAGAAGAGCGCGGUAGAGGAGAGGAAGAAGAAAUGGGAGGCCAAGAUGGCCAACGCGGGUGGGAUCGCACCGGGGUCUAGGAAGACGAGACGCUAGGUUAAGCGGUGGUUGGGGGGAUUGCAUCUGCUCAAGCGCUUCUCACAAAUCACUGCUUUCGCGGCUAGACUGGCCUUUACAUCAUACUUGCAUUCAGUCGUUACGGAGGCGCAUGCAGGUAUCGACCGAACGACGCGGACAUCAUGAUUGAGAAAGGCCUCGGAAUCAAAAGUGGUACUCGUCCAACAAACAGCUAGUCAGA